AUGGCAAGUGUAAAAGUUGCAUUUAACAUUAAUGUUAGUCAUUCAAAGUGUAAGAGAGCCAAGAGAAUGAUAUUGGAGAAAAUAGAGGGUAGUUUUGCAGAUGAGUACAACAAGCUUGAGGCUUAUGCUAAUGAAUUAAGGUCAAGUAAUCCAGGAACAGAUGUGGUGAUUAAUAUUUCAAAGGAUGCACUUAGUGAAGGUAAAAGAAUAUUCCUAAGAAUGUACAUAUGUUUUCAUGCAUUGAAAAUGGGGUUUAAGAGUGGGUUGAGACCAUUCAUUGGCUUGGAUGGAACCUUUUUGAAAGGAAAAUACAAGGGUCAAUUGUUAGUAGUUGUUGCUCAAGACUCCAUGAGGCACUUUUAUCCCUUAGCUUGGGCUGUUGUUGAUAAAGAGACCAAAGUGACAUGGAGUUGGUUCUUAAGGCUACUACAACAUUCAUUGGACCUCAAAAUGGGAGAAGGGAUCACACUUAUUUCAGAUAUGCAAAAGGGUUUGAUUGAUUCAGUCCACUUGGUUCUUCCUAAAGCACACCAUAGAUAUUGUGUAAGAUACAUAGAGGCAAAUUGGUGCAAAAGAUGGGGACAUGGGGAAUAUAAGAAAUACUUAUGGUGGGCUGCAUGGAGCACAUAUGAGGAAGAUUUUAAAGACCAAUUAAGGAAUAUGGCACAAGUGGAUGAAGAUGGUAAGGAGGUGGUUGAAGAUUUGAUGAAGUACCCACCUGAAAGUUGUGUAGUGGAAGUUUUCGUGAAUUUGAAGUUUAGAAGGCUUGAAAUUACUGCUACGACGGUACUGUUGUUAUCCUUUGCUGUUGAUAUAAUUACUGCUAUGACAGUAUAUUUUUUUGCUGGUUGCAUCUCUUUUUUGCUGGUUGAUGUAAUUAAAACAGUUGGUGUUAUUAGUUUGCUGUCAAUGUUAGUAACAGUUAGUGUUUAA